AAUAUUCAGUGUCAGUAGUUCCACUGUUCACCGCUAGAAAAAUACUUGAUUUUCACGUGUGUAGUAUAACCUAUAAAGUACACUAAAUACUUGUUUUUAAUAUUCCAACGUUCAAAAUCUCUAAUAAAAAUGCUUCUCACUCUGCUAUGUUAAUAUAACAUAGAAAUAAAGUUGCAAUAAAGUAGUUAAAUAAGUUGAAGUAGAAGUUUAACCUAAAAUCUUAUGGGACUACAUUUGUAAACAAUGUCAGCCCCAUGCCAGGAUAUCAUAGAGGAUAUAGAGGAUCUAAUAUCCUCACAGGAUAUUACACCCAAAGAACGUUAUAGUUCAAGGAAAAAUAUCACUGUGCGUUCGAAACGCAAUCAGUUACGUGAGGAGCUGCCACAGCCUCCGGUCUUCAACAGUAUUGUACCAGGAACACAGACAAUUUAUGUGAAAACAUGGGGAUGCACUCAUAAUAGUUCUGACAGUGAAUAUAUGGCAGGACAGCUUGCUGCCUAUGGUUAUAGAUUGACAGAAGACAAAAGCAAAGCAGACUUAUGGUUGCUAAAUUCUUGCACAGUGAAGAGUCCUGCUGAAGAUCAUUUUAGGAAUGAGAUUGAAGCUGGGAGAAAGCAGGGGAAACAUAUUGUAGUUGCUGGAUGCGUACCACAAGGUGCUCCCAAGUCAUCCUUCCUGCAAGGGUUGAGCAUGAUCGGUGUGCAGCAGAUCGACCGUGUGGUAGAAGUGGUAGAAGAAACCUUGAAGGGAAAUUCAGUUCGCUUUUUACAACAGAAGAAGGAAGCAGGGAAAAAGAUUGGUGGUGCUUCCCUGAGUUUGCCAAAAGUUAGGAGAAAUCCACUGAUUGAGAUCAUAGCCAUCAACACAGGCUGCCUAAACCAAUGCACUUACUGUAAAACCAAACAUGCAAGAGGAGAAUUAGGAAGUUACCCUCCUGAAGAGAUAGUUGAAAGAGCAAAGCAGGCAUUUGAGGAGGGAGUUUGUGAGUUGUGGCUAACAUCUGAGGACACUGGUACCUAUGGCAGAGAUAUUGGCACAAGUUUACCAGAAUUGUUGUGGAAACUGAUAGAAGUAGUGCCUGAUGGUUGCAUGAUUCGCGUUGGAAUGACCAAUCCUCCUUACAUUCUGGAACACCUGGAGGAAAUGAGCAAGAUUCUACGACACCCGAAGGUGUACAGCUUCCUCCAUGUUCCGGUGCAGUCUGGUAGUGAUCAAGUAUUGGCGGACAUGAAACGCGAAUACACUUGCGCUGAUUUCGAGAUGGUUGUGAACUUUCUUCGAGAACGUGUUCCAGGAUUGACCAUCGCAACUGACAUCAUUUGUGGCUUUCCAACAGAGACAGAGAAGGAUUUUGAAGAGACAAUGAAGCUUUGCGAGAAGUAUAAGUUUCCGAGUCUGUUCAUCAACCAGUUCUUUCCUCGACCGGGUACACCCGCUGCUAGAAUGCAGAAAGUACCCACACAGGAUGUGAAGAAGAGGACGAAAAGAUUAUCCGAAUUCUUUCAGUCUUAUUCCCCGUAUGAUAACAGAGUGGGUCUGAUACAAGAUGUGCUGGUAACAGAAGUAUCGCACGAUAAGAAACAUUACGUUGCUCACAAUAAGUUCUAUGAGCAGGUUCUGGUGCCUUUGAAAGAGGAGUACUUAGGGAAGAUGAUUAAAGUUAAAAUCGUUGAGACAACAAAGUAUUCCAUGAAGGGAGAACCGAUAAGUGAAGGAGUGUCACCGUCGGUAAAACAGUGUUUAGCCAAAGGAACUGUAUCUGGUAUACCGAUCGAGAUGAAACCAUCCAAGUACAGGAUAGCUGCGAUUCUCACAAUUUUUGUGGCAGUCAUUUGUCGACUGUUGUGGAAAUUUUUAAUGGUUUAAUUUACUGACGAGUUAGGUGUUAAAUAAAUACAACAGUUUUAUAUUAAAAGUAAAACGUAUUUAAUUCUUUAUCUUCACAUUCUUAGACUAUAAGCAUGUUGGAAGUAACAAACUUAUACACUUUUUUUUUUCGUUUUUCCUUUUUUUUUUUACAAAGAACGUAAUUUUUUAAAUUGACAGAAGAUCAUUGUUUUAUGAAAAUAACAAAUGUGUAUCUCAAAACGUAUACCUAAUUCGCACCGCAUAUAAUAGUUACUAAAAUAUCUAGUACGCAAUACUGAAACUUUAGCGAGAAAACCGUGUCGAAGGUUUUGGUAUCUUCUACAUACUAUUUUCUUAUCGUACUUCCAUCGGAAGUACAAUUAUAGGCACAAUGGUAAUAAGUCUAACUGCUAUACAAAACAUGGUCGGACAUAUUUCUAUAAUUUAUGUGGGAUGGGAUAGUUUAGGAGCACUCGAGACACUAGCUAAACGUUUAUACCACAAACCAAAAUGCAAGAAAACAAGUAGUCCUAUUCGUAUCGCAUUCGCGUAUCUUCAUAAAUUUACAAUAUCUUCCUAGAUGUAUAGGUAAAAUUUUUGUAAUGGAAAUACACAAAACAGGAUUUAAAUAAUACACUUGUGAGGGAGAUUACAAACAAUACAAUGUUAAAAUUUUAGAGUAAUAGAAACUAAAGUAUAAAAAAUAAACAUAAAUUUAAAACUUUGUGAUAGACUUUAAAAAAAUGGCACAUCAAAGUGGCGUACUAGGAUACUAAAAUAUCUUAAGGAAGAUGAGAUAAAACAGAAGCUUUUUUUCAAUUUCAAUUUGCAACAAUUGUAGAUUUUCUACUUUACAAAAUAGAUCCUUCUUUAAUUGUAGUUUUAGAUCUUUCCAACUCUACAAUUUAAAUUAUUUACAUUUGCUAAACCUCAUCUUACUUUUACAACAGACAUCUUUAUACAUAAAAGAAACAAUGUUGCGCACAACAAAUACAGGGUCUUAUUUUUAAAAACUGCAAGUGGACAUUGUAAAAAUUUAUCUUUAGUUAAAAAAUUAUAAUUCGUUGUAUAAAAAGUGGCAAGAUAUUCGAAUCACCAGUGUGGUGUAAAUUUUGUGCCUUAAACAGUUUACAUCGUGUUAAGAGGCACACUAAAAUUUUUUUCAAAAAAUUCUGUUUAAAAUUUAGUACAUAAAACGUUCGACAUAGAAAUUAUAUAUUAAAUAUAGUAAUUCUAUAAUACUGCAAUUUUCUGCAGACACGUACAAAUUCGAAUAAAAAACAUUUGUUCAAUUAAAUUAUUAAAUUUAAUCGGUUACGAAUUAGGGAAUAGGUUUUGAUUACAUAUUCUCGAUAAAUUUGGUACUGUUAACAUAUAAUCUAUAAUUUACAUAAACAUAUAAUUCUAAAUAUAAAAAUACUUAACGCGCAAUGCUAUUUAACGAGGAACUACUUGUUUCUUGCAUUUCUCAUUUCUUACAUUUUAUAAAUAAACGUUCACUCAUUGACAUCUCGAGUUACUAUGAACCGUUUCAUUCUGUAUUAACCCUUUCUUCCUAAAUAUUAUUCAGAAAAUAGACCCGCAAAUAUAUGCUUCUAUUGUACAAAAAUAUAUAUCUAUUUUAUUUCUUCGAAAUAUUCUUUUACAUUUCUUUUUGUAAUUUCUAUGAACAAUUGCGGCACUUGUUUGAGGUUAGGAAAGUUGCUAUGUUAUCGACAAUAUCAUUGAUAUACCGUUGAUUAACAUGUAAUUUUAUUACUCAAACCUAUCUAUUCUCGUCCAAACUUCCAAUCAUGGUACAUAAAUUUAUAAUUCUUGGUUAUGUCAAAAAUUUGAACGAGGAGAAACAGAUUUGAAUUAUAGAAUUAUGUGUCAGGUUAAGUUAUAUCUUGUGUAAUAUUGAGAUGAAUAAAUAUAUUUAAAUGACAAUAUUAAAUAUUAUAUUCUACCUUAAAACGAUAUCUCAAAGAUAUUACCGAUAAAAUAUCGACAACCGAUCCUUACAAGAGCUACUGUAACGGUGUUCGGUAAAAAAGGGUUAACAUUCACGCAGUAUAUUUGUACUUAAAACACUUUUUGAUUAAUAAUUGCCAAGAUAAUCUCUUCCUUAAAACGUUAAAAAACGAUGGCACAAAGAACCAAAGUGGCGUACUAGAGCACUAAAAACAUUGGUAAAAAAUAAAGUAUGGCUCCCAAAAAGGGGUAAACGUAGAGAGAAAAUGAGAAGCGUUUGAUUUCGGUUAUCACUAAUUUACCAAAAAAAAAAA